UCAGGAUUAGGUUUGGAGUUACAACAAGAUUUUCAACAUAGAUGAUAUAGUAUAGAACUCGAAGGUUAAAUCAACUUCGUGUGAGGUUUUGGAAGGCAGAGAAAGAGAUGGACAAAAGAGGAGGCCAAGCCUAUGUUCUACUUCUUGUUUUCUUACUCUUCAGCUCCAGCGUAGUACUGAAUGGAAAGGAACUCGAACUUCUUUUAUCAUUCAAAGCUUCUAUAAGCGAUCCAUUUCAGUUCCUCGCUGACUGGAAUUCGAAUUCCAGUUUCGCUUUCUGCAACUGGCACGGUAUCACAUGCGUCAAUUCUUCACAUGUUGUCUCAAUUGAACUCUCUGGAAAGAAUAUCUCCGGCAAACUCUCUCCGUCUCUUUUCCUCUUACCGUCCAUCGAAAGCAUCGAUCUGUCAAACAAUGAACUCUACGGACAAAUUCCGUUGGAAACCUUCUUUGGUUCCUCGCUUCGACACCUCAAUCUCAGCAACAACAACUUCACUUCUCUGGUUCUUCACGGCUCCAUCUCAGGCCUUGAGACGUUAGAUCUAUCGAACAACAUGCUCUCCGGUAAAAUCCCGGCGCAAAUCAAACUAUUUACGAGCCUAAAAGUUCUUGAUCUCGGUGGAAAUGUCUUGCAAGGAAGUAUUCCUACUUCCAUAGCGAACCUCAAAGAGUUGCAGUUUUUGACCUUAGCUUCGAACCAGUUGGUCGGUGAUAUUCCGCGGGAGUUGGGCCAAAUGAAGAGUCUGAAGUGGAUUUACUUGGGUUACAACAACCUCUCAGGUGAAAUACCAAAAGAAAUCGGUGAACUAACUUCUUUGAACCAUCUUGAUCUAGUCUACAACAAUCUCACAGGGGAAAUACCGUCGUCACUCGGAAACCUCACUGAUCUUCAGUAUCUCUUCCUUUAUAAGAACAGACUCACUGGCUCGAUUACUCGAUCGAUGUUUCAACUGAGGAAGCUGAUUUCGCUUGACCUAAGCGAUAAUUAUCUCUCUGGACAGAUCCCGGAGCUUAUAGGUCAGCUGCAAAACUUGGAGAUUCUUCAUCUUUUCUCCAACAACUUUACUGGAAGGAUUCCGGAAGCCGUGGCUUCGUUACCUCGUCUCCAAGUUGUCCAACUCUGGUCGAACAGAUUAUCUGGCGAGAUUCCAAAGAACCUCGGAAGAUGGAGCAAUCUCACUUUACUGGACCUUUCGACGAACAAACUCACUGGAAAAAUUCCAGAGAGUCUCUGCAAUUCCGGUCGUCUUUUUAAGCUUAUCCUCUUCUCCAACUUCCUUCGAGGCAAAAUCCCGGAGAGCUUAUGUCGAUGCAGAAGCUUACAGAGAAUCCGAAUACAGAAUAACCUCUUAUCCGGUGAAUUAUCUCCAGAGUUCACGAAACUGCCACUUGUCUACUUUCUUGAAAUCUCCGAUAACAGCUUCUCAGGCAGGAUCGAUCAGCAAAGGUGGGAUACGCCCUCUCUUCAGAUGCUGAGUUUGUCAAGGAACAAAUUCCUCGGAAAAUUGCCUGAGUCCUUCGGCAGCGAGAAGCUCGAGAAGUUGGACUUUUCGGCAAACAGCUUUUCAGGAAGUAUUCCCCGGUCUUUCGGCGACCUAUCGGAGCUUGUGGAGUUGAAGCUCAGCAAAAACCAACUCAACGGUUUCAUCCCCAACGAAUUAGCUUCAUGCAAGAAGCUGGUGAGUUUGGACCUCAGUGGAAAUCAGCUCAGCGGCCCAAUUCCGGUUUCUCUCUCCGAAAUGCCGGUUCUGGGUGCGCUCGACUUGUCGGAAAACAAGUUAUUCGGUGACAUUCCACCUACUUUAGGAACGGUGGAAUCGCUUCUUCAAGUGAACAUCUCUCAUAACCAUUUACACGGGAGGUUGCCAUCCACCGGAGCAUUUUUGGGUAUCAACUCGAGUGCCGUCGCCGGCAAUGAUCUCUGCGGAGGCGAAACUAUAAGUGGUUUACCGCCAUGCAGAACAGGAAAAAAGCCUGUAUGGUGGCUUCUCAUCACUUCGUUUUUAGUUGUUUUGGUUGUGCUCGCGCUUUCGCUUUCUGUCGUGACGUUCAUGCGGCGUAGGAGUGGAGCGCAGCUCAAAAAGGUUGACCAUGAGGAUGGGACAUGGGAGUUGCAGUUCUUCGAUUCAAGCGUCUCAAAUGCCAUCACGAUCGAUGAUAUCUUACUGUGUAUGAAGGAAGAGAAUGUAGUCUCCAAAGGAAGUGAAGGAACGUCGUACAGAGGGAAAUCUUCCGUUCACGACGUACAGUUUAUUGUUAUGGAAAUAAAUGAUAAAUCUGUGCCAUCAACUUUCUGGGUUGAAAUGACGGAGCUGGGAAAGCUUCGACAUCCAAAUAUUGUUAAAUUAACAGGGAUCUGCAGGUCGGAGAAGGGUGGAUUUCUCAUUUACGAGUUCGUGGAAGGAAAGAGCUUGAGAGACGUUCUUGGUGGUUUAAGCUGGGAGCGUCGAAAGACAAUGGCGAUUCGGAUCGUAAAAGCUCUUCAGUUUCUACACCAUCGUUUGCCGAGUUUUCUAAUCGGAGACCUCUCGCCGGAGAAAAUAAUCGUUGACGGGAAAGAAGAGCCUCGCCUACAACCCUGCCUUCCUGGUUUCGUCCGUAGUGACUGCAAGAGCUUUCCGUCGUCAGGCUACAUUGCACCAGAGAUAAGGGAGAAAAAGGAUAUCACCGAGAAGAGUGAAAAGGGUGACAUAUACAGUUACGGUGUACUUCUGAUCGAAAUCCUAACUGGCAAAGGCCCAGCGGACACGGAGCUCGGCGUAUACGAUGGCAUCGUUGAGUGGGCCCGUUACUGCUACUCGGAUUGUCACCUCGACACUUGGAUUGAUCCUGCAAUCAAAGGAUUCGACUCCAAGUUUCAGAAUGAGGUCGUUGAGACGAUGAAUCUAGCCUUGCAAUGCACCGCCACAGACCCAGCAGCAAGACCUUGUGCGACCGAUGCAUUGAAGAUCCUACUAGACUGCGCCAUCAGGUCAAGUUCUUGCAUAUCAGGGCUGAAAUUCUCAGCUAGUAUAUAGUUUCGAUUUUCUGUUUUCUUAAAUUCUUUUUUUUUUUUUUUUAUUUUUAACCCUCAUAAACUAUUAGGUUUUUUUUUUUUUGGGUAGGAAAACUAUAAGGUCUUACAUGAGUGUUACUAAUGUUUUGUUUGUUA